CUAAAAUAUUUUAUAGAAAUCAAUAAUCCAACUACACAUCGGAAAAGGAAUCCUAGUACCGCACACACUUUUCCUACUUUCACCUCUAUAAGAAAAAAUAUUUCUAAAAGUUUUCCUUUUUCGGUUUAGUAUUUAAAAAAAAAUCCAAAUCCCAUUCAAAGUAGAAAAACUUAAAGAAACAUAAACUCAACUAUAAAUAUAGAUAAGUUAGACAUAACUCAAUUGCAUUAGUUGCUUGCAGUAAUUACUCCCUUCAUUGUUGUUCCCAAUUAGCAAAUUAAAAUGGUGAUUAGCCGUCAUUCAAAAAAAAUAACGAAGAUCAGAGGAACAAGAAAUAACAAACUCAUAAUGAAAGAGAAUUUUUCUUCUGCCAUUGAAUCACUUCCUAAUGAGUUACUUACUGAAAUUGUUGCAAGGGUUGCUUCUACUUCUUUUCAGAAUUAUAUCAAUGCUAAGCUAAGGUAUAUAUUUAUUUAUGUAUCUCAUAAUUCUAUCAAUCUUUCUACGAUGAGCAAUUUUUGUUGUUUUUUUCUAACCAAUCGAUAUUUUAGUUGCAAGGUUUUUCAUGAAGUCGCAAAUGAACGAUACGUCUAUCAAAAUGCAACGUUGGCAGAGUUUUCGAUAGAACCUUCGUGGGAGAAGGAAAAGCAAGAGAAGAUAAACAAAGUCGCUUCAUUCUUAGAGUUAUGCAGAGAAUGCGGGAAUACAGAAGCUUUAUAUAGAAAGGGCGUGAUGGAUUUCUUUAAAGAUGAUAUGCCAGAACUUGCAAGUGAAUUUCUGAAGAGAGCAGCAAAAGGAGGUCACAUUGGAGCAUUCUAUGUGAUUGGCAUAAUUAUGGUCUUUAUGGGGGCUGAGUUUAGGCAAAAAGGAGUAAAGUUGAUUGGCAACAUGAAAAAUACAAAGCAACUAAGGAAGAUAACAAGGGAGUGUCGAAAGCAGUUAAUUGAAAUCUUGACACAUAUUUGGGUGAAAAAUCCUUUAGUGUUGGGACAAAGACCCAAUCGUUGCACAAUUCAGCAUCAACGCAUUCACAGGAAUGGUUGGCCACAUGACAGUGAAGAUGAAGACGAAGAUAUGGAUGUUCAUUGUGAUGCUUGUAGCUGUGAUGUAGAAAUUGAUCAUAUCAUCAGUGUUUUACCUAAAGUUGACAUGUAUUAGCUACAUGACUUUAUCCCCUUUUCCCCCUUUCCUUACUUUUCUACUAUUGUAAUAUUGCGACUCUAAACUUUGUGCAUAAUUUAGUUUUAGUAAUGAAAUAAACCAUCUCUGGGAAACUAAACUUU